GUUUUUGAUCACAAACAAUGGCCUAAGGUUUAAUGGCUGUCAUUUUUGACAUGCCAAAAGAAAGCCAAACAUUUCUUCCACCAUCUAUCACCCCAUCAUAGCGGGACGAGGCGGUGGUGUGGUGUGGUGGCAUGUGGUGAAAACCGAAAACAAUGACAUUAUCCAUCGACAAUGGUGGUGGUAAGACGCCACAACGCCAAAAGGUUAUGGUCGUAGCAGAACCAACUCGCGAGUCAGCAGUUGCUCUUCAUUAUGUUUUAUCUCAUGUAGUAUUUGAUAAUGAUGUAUUGUAUCUCCUUCAUGUUGAGAAUCCUACAUUUUGGAAUUCGUGUUUCAAGAAACAAUCAUCUUCAACCACCAUCACCGCCGCGAGGGAAGGUGGUGGGUGUCAUGGAUGCGGUUGCAUUGGCGGGGAUUUUGACUUUCUUGACCAGAUGAAGAGCGCGUGUGAGCUUGUGAACCCGCGGUUGAAGGUGAAGGUGGCGCGUGUUGAAACCGAUGCCAAAGAUAAAGCUUAUAUGAUUAUAUCACAAACCAAAGUGCUUGGAAUUGACCUUCUUGUGGUAGGAAAACGUCAUAGUUUAGCUAAUGCAAUAUUAAGGCAGAGGAGAAAUGGGCCAACAAGAGGAGAAACAGCAGAGUAUUUGGUAGAAAACAGCAAAUGCACAUGUGUUGCAGUGCAAAGAAAGGGCCAAACUGGAGGCUAUCUUCUCCAUACAAAAAACCAUAGAAAUUUUUGGCUCUUAGCAUAGAAAAAAAAGUACUAAAAUUUGUUUUAAAUCUCCUCAUUCCUCUGCUUUUUGUUGCAUUAGAUGAUAUAACUAUGCUAGAAUGUGCGAAACGCUUUGUUUGACCUUAAAAGUCAAUGAAGAUGGAAAUCGUGUUUGACCACAAAAGUCAAAAGUAAAAAUAAAACUGUCCUUGUGAAUUAUUAUCGCCAAUAGGUCAUAGUUUGGAUUAUUGGUAUCCAACUCGUCAAAAUAAAAAAGAAAUUAUUUAAAGAAUAGUGUAAAAGUUAUCACAUCUUAUUAUUGAGAUUUUAGAAGGAAAAAGGUAUAAGGGUAGGUAAACAACCGCCGCACUAUUAAAAUAUCAAAAAAAAAAUCCUCCAAAUGGGCUACUGGCGAAAUUCCAUGAUACACUCGCCUCGGAACCAGCAAAAUAAAAAUAAUAUGCUUUACCCGGAUAUUUUUGAGUAAACUUCCGUUU